AAGCUAAUCCAGGGUUGUGGUGAGUGGUGGUGAGUGUUGUCGGGUGGGCAGUUUUGUAGUUUUACCUGGCGUGUGAGACUGUGUGGUACGUGUGUGAAGCAGUGACGGAUUCGCGGCUCUUGGAAUCUCGUCCUGUCGAUGUGCUUGGUGUUACCCGUCGGAUGACGAAGUCUAGGAGGUAGUGGCAGCGGUGUACGUGUGCGAUGGCUACGGCGACCAAAUCUUGAGGAAGCCGAAGAUCUCAGACACCGUUUGCCACGAUACAAAGCCUGUGCUCCGUGCAGCAAGAAGUUCGCCUUCGGGACGGGUGAAGGAACAGAGAAAAGAAAGAACGAAGACAGGAUCCGACGUGAGCGGCCUCCUGGUGCCCUGUUUUCGGAUACUGAAGUUCCCGUUACCUUCUUCACGAAGAACGGUGCAUCUGGCUGACGAUUUGGAGCAGAAGAAAUUCUUAGAGCAGCAAAUUAAUGCUGGAGAAAUAAGCGGAAAAAAUAUAUAUGGAACCACUUGAAUGGCGAUCGGUGAAUCUUUAAUAGUCUGGUGCUUCGAGCUAUCGUAAUUGAAUCGUUCUCGUGUACGAGGACACUCGUCUUUGGCUCUGACCUGUCCAAUUUUUUUGAUCAACCACGCUAAGCGUCACCGCCCAUAUGUGAUGUGUGCCGUAUACGCUACAAGCGAAUGAGUAAUCGUCAUGUACUGUCAGGACAAGGGCUCUACGGCCUCCAAGAGCAAAGAGGGAGCUGUGACAAUGCGAGAAAAGAAAGGUGGUGCUCUCAGCAGGGUUCAGAAGCUCAAGAAACGACUAAGUCACAGCUUUGGCAGGCUUUCAAUAUCAAAGGAGGAGGCUGAUGAGGUUGCACACAGAGGUCAGCUACCAUACAAUGGUUAUUCCGAGGAGUUCCUAGACCGUUUGGAGCCAAACGGUAACAUCCCCGCUGACAAAGACCGUCGUUACGAAUGGUCAGGCGUGGGUGAGCACGAGAGAGUUCAUCGGCAGCUAUCGGUGUCGAGCGAUUCAAAACUCCUCGACGAGGAUAUACGAGAGGAAGCCAGGGUCAUCCUUAGACCUCGGCGUCCACCACGACCAAAGUCAGAAGUCUUUCUUGGGCCGGAUCCUCCACCACGGAGAACGAAGAGAUUCUCAGCGUUUGGUGGAGACUCGCCUUUCGGUAAAUCAGAAGCUUACAUAAAACUCGAGCAGUUGGGCGAGGGUUCGUACGCCACGGUGUUCAAGGGUUUCAGCAAUCUGACCAAUCAGGUGGUCGCUCUUAAAGAAAUUAGACUGCAAGAGGAAGAAGGUGCUCCGUUCACUGCCAUUCGGGAGGCCAGCCUGCUCAAGGAUCUGAAACACAACAACAUUGUUACACUCCACGAUAUCAUACAUACUCGUGAGACCCUUACCUUUGUCUUCGAGUUUGUUAAUACUGAUCUCUCACUGUAUAUGGAAAGGUAUGGCAGUGGUGGCGGUGGAUUGGACCCACGUAAUGUCAAAUUAUUCCUUUUUCAAUUGCUUCGAGGAUUGGCGUACUGCCACCGUAGGAGGGUGCUACACCGGGAUGUCAAACCGCAGAAUCUUCUUAUCAGCGAGAUAGGAGAGCUCAAGCUUGCAGAUUUCGGAUUAGCCAGGGCUAAAUCGGUACCGUCGCAUACUUAUUCCCACGAGGUCGUCACUCUCUGGUACAGACCUCCGGAUGUACUCCUGGGUUCAACGGAGUACUCGACCUCACUAGAUAUGUGGGGCGUUGGCUGUAUUUUUGUAGAAAUGCUCACAGGCAUACCGACCUUCCCGGGUGUGCGAUGCACGUACGAUCAGCUCGACAAGAUAUUCAAGGUCCUUGGUACACCGACUGAAGAAACUUGGCCCGGAGUUACGCAUUUUCCUGGAUACAAGCCGCAUAAGCUGGCUUUCUAUCCCGUGCGCAAACUCGGACUAUCGUUUCCUAGACUCUACGACAUCGCCGAGGGUGACUCCAUGGCCUCCUCUCUGCUCCAACUUAAUCCGGAUAAACGGAUAGGUGCUGACGAGGCACUUCGGCAUCCUUAUUUUGCCUCUCUUCCUAGAAAACUAUACGAAUUGCCCGAUGAAGUGUCUAUAUUCAGUGUAGAAGGUUGCCACCUUUACACGGAAUCGAGGCAGACCUACACGGACUCCCGUCACACGGCCCUCAAGACUUGAGGCUAGAAGUAAACCCUAUAUAAAGUAUAAACAAGAAAAGAGAAAAAGAUCAAGUGUAAAAGCUAAGUAAAUACCCGCCCGAUUGGCGUGUUAUUCAUCGCGCCGAAGAAGACGCUUCUACCCCAUACUCCGUACCCCAUAACCAGUGCUUCUAUAUCAAGGUACUCACCUGGACAUUUAUUUCUUACUCUAUCGCGCUCUCUCAUUUAUUUAGGAACGCCGCUCUAUCGUACGAAACCGUCAAACUGAUGUUUUCAGACGUAAACGAACGUAGCUUAUUCAACAUUUCAUACACAGUAGGACCUUCGCUAUGUCUCGUGUAUCUGGCAUCUAAAAUGGCUAAUAAAUAAUCCUCACGAGAAGGAUUAUAAGGAACAUUCAGAAAGAUUGGCUGUCAAAACUAUUUAUAAAGAGGGACUUGCUAGAGGUACUAUUGUACAGGACGUAAUGGGGUAUAGUGAAUUUUUAAAAAUGUUUCGGACAAAACGCAUUUAUUAAGAUAAAAAUAAGACAGGGGUUAACGGACGAUGGGGUAUGGGGUGCAGGGGUAACAGGUACAAAGUAUGCACGACCCAUCCUUGCACUGCGUCCAAAUACUAGCUUUAGACUGAAACCAAUCAAAAGAAUAAUAUGAAUGAAGAGAAAGAGAGAGAGAGAGAGAGAGAGAGAGAGAGAGAGAGAAGACGAAGAAUUAAAGAAGAGAGUACUCUUAACGAGACCACCGUCCCGAGUCUCCAGAUCCCAGUAGCCCAGUACCAAGUUGUGGGAUGGCGGUAGCUGGCUAGGCUGAAUAUAUUUAAAAUAAUUAACUACGAUCUUAGGUAAAAUCAUGGAAGAUCUGUAGCGCCAUGAAGCAACAAAAUGAAAAUUAGAGAGACACACCCAUCGCGUAGUACGUAAUUAAGAGAAAAAGUAACGGUUAAGAUAAAAAAAAUUUUUUAAAAUAAGUAAAUUAAAAAUAAGUACGUCUCUCGCACGCUUUUUGAUAGAAUCCAAUCGAGUUCUACUUUCUCGCUGAUUCAACUUAUUUUAAUUUUCAAAGAAAUAUGAACAUCGACUCCUGACAUUAAUUCUGCUUAUCCGGGAUUACAUCUUUUUGUGAUUUAAAAUCUGCAAGAGUCCUCUCCUCUCCCAUUGAACUAAAAACUAAUUUCGUAGCUAAUCCUAUUGGUUCUAAAGGUUAAAGGGCAAACCUGAAUCUUUGCCAAAGCCAUUCCGCGCGCGAUUCUAAUCGUUAACUUAAUUCAUUAAUUAAAAGCAAGCUUUAUCGAAUGUUUUAAAAUCCUUGUCUUUUAAUACAAAAGAGUCCCUUCCUUCGGAACCUCAUACCUUAUUUACGGAUCGAGUUUAAUUUAAUGAAAUAAAUUCAAAAAAUCCCUCAGCUUUCUCGAUAAUGACAAUUUACUUAGUAUAAUUAACUUUUAAAUAAUCAUUUCAACGGUACAGUAACGUCCCUCUAGUUAAUUAAUACGUAUAACUCCUUAAGCGUUCGAACGAAUUGUUCAAAAUCCUUUCUUCUUUUCUUUGCUUUUCUCUUUAUGUGUCAUUAUAUCAUCAGCUCGACCUAGUCAGGCUAUAUUGCUGUGAUCUUUGCGAGACAAAGUCUAUGGAUCAGAUGCUGACGAUAAUCAAUGACAAACGUGCGUUACAGGUCUUCCAAAUUGUGUCCAAGCCACGAUGACUAUUACGAUAAUAUUACUCCCUAGUACGAUUACAUUUAUACCGAUUUUUCAGCACACUUAAUAAGAAUAUUGAUGACGCAAAGAGAGAAUGGGAGGGGGGUGGAGGGGUUGCAGAAGUGCAGGGAAGAGAUUAAAAAAAAGCUGCGAAAAUAUUACGAAAUAGCGAACGAAUAAUAGAUGCGAUUUACGAGCGCGUGCGCGUACGGUUACGCGAACACAUAGAAUGUUCCAGAUCCUGAACAACGGAUAAGUGUUGAAAAAGUUGUCUUUAAGACUUCUUAUGCGAAAGAAGUUGUCUCUUAGGCAUCUUGAAGAUAACUUUACGAUUUACGUGUUGUCUGGAAGGAUUAUUAAAGUUAAUAAAUUUGUCGAAUGUAUUAUUUGAAUUGGCGAGACGCAAAGACGGUAGGAUGUAUAUAGAACACCAAGUUCAUAAUUAUCAAUGACACUGACGUAGAUGAGCUGAGACUAAUAAAUGUGACUUUGUAAUAAA